CGUCGACGUGAACGUGGUCGUAUACCUGUUAAAGGUGUUAGACUUGUUGAAAUAGCAACAGUGAAUGGUGAGGGCGGUGAUCCUUUUGCACCGGAUGGUUUUCCUUUUCAAGUAGGUUAUUGUGAAUCCUCUGAUGAUCAAUCUCAACGUAUUCCUCAAUAUACCUUGUAUUUGGUAGCGAGUAGUGAUAAAGAACGUUACGAUUGGAUACGUGCCAUAAGACAAGUUUGUGAAGAUACAAACACCCCCAAGUCAUAUCGUUUUCAUCCUGGUCUCUGGUCUGGCAAACGAUGGUCCUGUUGUAAAGGCAUUAGUCGUUCAACAUUUGGCUGUCAAGCGGCAACACAUUGGCGUGAAACCAACAAUAAUCCAAGAAAAAAGGUUCCAAAAUCAUCGAAUACCUGUCAGAAAACACAAUUUGUUAUUCAAGGUACUGGCAGUUCGCCCGCCCAGAUUUCACAACGCAGCAUUAGUCCAAAUAAUUCCACCUCAACAAGUCAAUUUAGUUUGCAUCAUAAUAGUUCUGGCAGUUUAGGUAGUUCAACGCCUACUUCACUGCACCCACAGUCAUCGGUAUCCACAUUUAAACAGUCACCAAAUUUAUUAAACGGUAACGGUUCAUUAUUGGAUAACACAAUGCCAGGUGGUAUACCAACUCCAGGAACACCAAAUUCAAAAGCUAAGGACAAUUCACAUUUUGUUAAACUUGUCGUAGCUUUAUAUCCCUUCAAAGCCAUUGAGGGAGGGGAUUUAUCUUUGGAAAAGAAUGCCGAAUAUGAAGUAAUUGAUGAUUCCCAAGAGCAUUGGUGGAAAGUUAAAGAUGCCAUGGGUAAUGUUGGUUACAUACCCAGUAAUUAUGUUAAACCCAAAGCAUUAUUGGGUUUAGAAAGAUACGAAUGGUACGUUGGUGAUAUGUCACGUCAACGGGCUGAAUCCUUGUUAAAACAAGGCGACAAAGAAGGCUGUUUUGUGGUGCGUAAAUCAUCAACAAAAGGUUUAUACACACUAUCGCUGCAUACCAAAGUUCCCCAAUCACAUGUCAAACACUAUCACAUUAAACAAAACGCUCGCGGAGAAUACUAUUUAAGUGAGAAGCAUUGCUGCGAAACCAUACCAGAUCUAAUCAACUAUCAUCGACACAAUUCGGGUGGUUUAGCCUGUCGUCUAAAAUCCUCACCAUGCGAUCGUCCAGUACCACCAACAGCCGGUUUAUCACAUGAUAAAUGGGAAAUCCAUCCUAUGGAGUUAAUGCUAACGGAAGAACUUGGUUCGGGACAAUUUGGUGUGGUGCGCCGUGGUAAAUGGCGUGGUUCUAUAGAUACCGCUGUUAAAAUGAUGAAAGAGGGCACCAUGUCCGAGGAUGAUUUCAUAGAAGAGGCCAAAGUUAUGACCAAAUUGCAACAUCCAAAUUUGGUGCAAUUAUAUGGUGUUUGCUCUAAACAUCGUCCUAUUUAUAUAGUCACUGAAUACAUGAAACAUGGCUCAUUGUUAAAUUAUCUCAGACGUCAUGAGACAACAUUGAUUGGUAAUAUGGGUUUGCUGUUGGAUAUGUGCAUACAGGUCUCCAAAGGCAUGGCCUAUUUGGAACGUCACAAUUAUAUACAUCGCGAUUUGGCUGCACGUAAUUGUUUGGUCGGUUCUGAGAAUGUUGUUAAGGUGGCAGAUUUUGGUUUGGCCCGUUAUGUUUUAGACGAUCAAUAUACCAGUUCUGGCGGAACCAAAUUUCCUAUUAAAUGGGCUCCACCAGAAGUCUUGAAUUAUACACGUUUCUCCUCUAAAUCAGAUGUUUGGGCUUAUGGUGUCCUUAUGUGGGAGGUGUUCACAUGCGGCAAAAUGCCUUAUGGCCGUCUAAAGAAUACCGAAGUUGUUGAACGUGUCCAACGUGGUAUUAUUUUAGAAAAACCAAAGUCAUGUGCUAAAGAAAUUUACGAUGUCAUGAAAAAAUGCUGGUCUCAUAGUCCUGAAGAUCGUCCAUCAUUCCGUGUCCUCAAAGAGCAGCUGGCUUUAGUGGCACAAACACUCACCGAUUAAAUCAAUACAUUUGUUUCGUUUUUUUUUUCUCUUUUAAUUUAAAAUUUAAAUUAACUUCUUUGCUCCUGUCACAUCUCACAUAAUACAUUACAACUUAACAAAACACUCAAAACAACAUCAUAAGCUUAAAAAGAUUAUAAAUUUAUUUAAAGAUAAAUUUAUAAUAAAAAAAAACAAUAAGCAUAAUAUUUAAUUUAUUUAUAAAUAAGUAUAAAUAUAUAUUUAAAAGAAAAAAAAAUGCCAAGAUACAAGCACUGAUGAAGUUAAAUAUUUAUUA